AUGGAGGGCUAUCACCCAGAGCUGAAGGUGAUACUUGAUGAUGGAAACUACACGUACUGGAAGGCGAGGACGAGAGCAAAUAUUCAAUGUAUUGAUGAGGCCGCCUGGUACUUGACUGAGCAUGGAUGGAAACCACCUACAGUCACGAUUGAAGGAGUAACUACAGCCGUGCCUCGAGAACGCUGGACUACAGCCCAACGUGAUGAUUACAAGUUCAAUGCUAGAGCACUGGCACAGAUCAAUGGUAGUUGCUCAAAGAAACAGUUUGAGCUGAUUCAGGGCUGUACUACGUCAAAGGAGGCGUGGGAUAUCCUCCAGAUCCACUUUGAAGGGACAAGUCAAGUUCAAAGCUCAAGGAAGGAUCUAUUGGCAACUAAGUUUGAGAAUAUGAGGAUGGAGGAACAUGAGUCAAUUGCUGACUUUAGCUCGAAACUUAGCUCACUCGUUCAGGAGUCUCGUACCCUGGGAAAGGUAUACAAGGAUGCUAAGUUAGUGAAGAAACUUCUUCGGUGUCUUCCAGACAAAUUCACAGCAUACAAGGCUGGACUAAGUGCAAACCCUAUCUUUGGGACGAUCUCCUACGACGAGAUGGUGGGAAAACUGCAGCUACACGAACUGGAACUAGGAGGUGUCAAAAAGGCUAAGGGUAUUGCACUCAUAUCAACGGAGAAACAGUUGGAAGAAGAGCCUGAAGAAGACAGUAUCAGUCUCUUGGUACGUCGCUUUGACAGAGUCUGA